AUGGAUGAAGAUGCAAGACAGAAAAAAGACAAAGUCAGGGAACUUUAUCGUCAUGAUAAAAUGUCAAAUCAAGUCUUACAGACUGACAAAAGGUUUCAUUCUAACAACUCUAAUGCCAUUUUAGAUGCAGAAAAAUCACAGCCUAAAUCAAUGGCUGGCAGAAUCUCAAUUCAUGAAAUGGGUAAGGAUGCCAGACUUCAAGAGAGUGACGACGAAAAAGAACGAAUACGAGAAAAUGCAGCUAGAUUGGAAGCAAAAAAGAGUGAAGUGGAACAACAAAAAUUAGAAUUUUCCUCUCAUAGCACUAAAAAUACUUUACUGAAUACAGAUACAUCGGAAAGUUUGCAUUAUUAUCCGAGUACUCAAGCCAACAAGCAAAUAUAUCAAGAUGCCUUGACUUUUAUUGAAAAUAAUUUUGGAACUGAUUUACCUCGUGAUAUUAUUAUUAGUAUUCUUGAUACUUUAAUCUUUUCAAUAAAAACAGAUAAAGAAUCCAAACCUGAUAAAAUUGAAAGGCUUAAGGAAGAAUUUCAAGAAGCGUUGAUGCUGGAUAUUGAUAAUAAAAAUUUUCAAUCUCUAGUAGAAAUAGUGGAAGAUAUUACUGAUUUUGGUGACAAUACUUCUAAGAGUGAAAGAGAAGAACAAGUUCUUGCAGUUGUUGACUCUGAUGAUGAACUUUUAGAAAAUACUGCUGAAACAAACACACUAUUGAAUGAACUAGAGGCAGACAAUACCCAUAAUAAUACUUCCACAAAAAAUCAUCCGAUUAGAGAGCCAAUAAUUUUUGAAAGCUCCAAUAAAGAUGAAUUAAUAAGUUUGGCAGACACCUCUCCCUUGAAAGUAAAAAUUUAUUCCGUCGAUGAAUACUAUUUAGAAAGAAAACUAAAAACUAUGCUGCCAGAUUUGAAUUAUAAUCAAUUAAAAGAUUUAGAAAAUAAUAUAUUACUUUAUAUCUCAAAUUUGGAUAAACUUCCUAAGGAUGAUUUAGAAAAAAAAAUAUUUGACAACUUAGAUUAUGAAAAUACGUCCUUUUUAAAUACCAUUAUUAAUAAUAGAAAUGAAAUAUUUUGGGGUAUAAAAUUAGCUAGAGCGUCUGAACAGAAUCGAGCUGAGAUUUUAAAUGAUAUGAGAAAAAAUGAGCUCUCCUCAUUAGUUUCAGAUUAUUUAAAAGAAGACGCAUCACAAAAGAAGAGAAAGGCAAAUUCACUUGAAGAUGAAUAUGAACCACAACAACAUGCGAAAAAAAUUAUAAUAGAGAAAAAUUCAAUUCUUAAUAUUAUCGAUAUAGACAAAUUUAAGUUUAACCAAGAAGAAAAGCUAUUUACUAAAAGUAAAGUAUCUCUACCAGAAGGGUCAUUUAAAAGGAUACAGCCGCACUACGAAGAGAUUCAUAUCCCGCCCCCAUCCAGACCAGCAAUAAAAUUUGAUCUAAUUCCUAUCACAGAGCUUCCAGAAUGGGCAAAAAAAGCCUUCCCAUCCAAUGAAUCACAUACAUUAAACACAAUACAAUCUAAAAUAUACCCAACUGCAUUUAAUUCGGAUUCUAAUAUCUUAUUAUGUGCUCCAACUGGUGCUGGGAAAACUAAUGUAGCAAUGCUUACAGUUUUGCGAAGUAUGCACCAUUAUUUUAAUGAAAAAACAAGCACCUUUAAUUUAAAUAACUUUAAAGCAGUUUUUAUUGCACCGCUGAAGGCAUUAGUGCAAGAGCAGACAAGAGAAUUUCAAAGAAGACUUCUCCCGUAUGGCAUAAGAGUAUCUGAGUUGACGGGUGAUUCAAAUUUAACGACUCAAGAGAUGGAAAAAUCACAUAUCCUAGUAUCAACACCCGAAAAGUGGGAUAUUAUUACAAGAAAAAACGCAGAAAAUUCCAUUUAUGGGAAAAUAGAUUUAGUAAUUAUUGAUGAAAUUCAUUUAUUACAUGAUCAAAGAGGUCCUGUUAUUGAAAAUAUUGUUGCGAGAAGUUUAAGAGGUCAUUAUUCUACACGUAUACCAAGAUUAGUGGGUUUAUCUGCUACCCUACCGAAUUAUAUGGAUGUAGCAAAGUUUCUGAGAGUUCCAGAUGAGGGCAUAUUUUUCUUUGAUAGCUCGUAUAGACCUUGUCCACUUUCUCAACAAUUCUGUAGUAUAACUGAAAAAAGUUCUAUAAAAAAACUUCACGCUCAAAAUAUUGCCUGUUAUGAUAAAACAUUAGAGUCACUUUCUGAAGGCCAUCAAGUCAUUGUAUUUGUCCAUUCCAGGAAAGAUACAGCUCGCACUGCUGCAUGGCUAAGAGACCAGUUUUCCAAAAAUGAUCACAUGAAUAAGCUGCGAAAAGAUGAUGCCAGUUCUAAACAUAUCUUAACUACAGAAUCGGAAAAUGCACAAAAUCGACAGUUGCAAGACUUACUAAAGGAUGGGGUUGGCAUCCAUCAUGCUGGUCUUUCAAGAGAAGAUAGAUCAUUAUCUGAAGAUUUAUUUGCAGAUGGCUUAUUACAGGUCUUGGUAUCAACUGCAACUCUAGCGUGGGGUGUAAACUUACCUGCUCAUACAGUUAUUAUCAAAGGUACCGAAGUAUACUCUCCCCAACAUGGCACAUGGCUCCCACUAUCUCCCCAAGAUAUACUUCAAAUGCUUGGUAGAGCAGGUCGUCCAAGAUAUGAUACAUAUGGGGAAGGGAUAAUUAUUACAAAUCAAUCCGAAAUUCAAUACUAUUUAUCAAUAUUGAAUCAGCAAUUACCAAUUGAAUCUCAAUUAAUGUCAAGCAUACUAGAUAGCAUCAAUGCUGAAGUGGUGUCAAAUACUAUUACUAGUAGAAAGGACGCAAUUGAAUGGUUAAAGCGAACUUAUCUCUAUGUACGUAUGAGCAUAUCACCAGAAACUUAUAAUAUUUUACCCCAAGAAAAUGAGGAAUUCAAGAAUACAUUGAAUUCUUUUUGUAUCUCAUUAACUCAUUCUGCCCUUUUAUUGUUACAUCAACAAAAUCUGUUGAUUUACAACCCGGAUUUGGAUGUAGUUAUGCCGACUGAAUUAGGUAGAGUUGCCUCUUAUUUUUAUAUUAAGCAUUCCUCAAUGUUAACAUAUUGCAAAGAAUUAAAUAGUAAUUGUUCCGUUUCAGAUCUCUUUAGGAUUUUUGCUAUGUCAGAUGAGUUUAACUAUGUUUCGAUUAAACAGGAAGAACAGCAAGAGAUGAAAGCUUUAUUAGAAAAGAUACCAAUACCAAUACAAAAUGAUGCCGAAGAAAAUAUAAUCAAAAUAAGCGUAUUACUUCAAACAUAUAUUUCACGGUUUUCUUUUGAAGGAUUUGCAAUUAAUUCUGAUAUGAUAUUUAUUACUCAGAAUGCCGGUAGAUUAUUUAGAGCAAUGUAUGAGAUUUGCUGGAGGAAAGGCUGGGCAAAGCAGGCCAAAUAUCUUUUAGAUAUCUGUCGAUCAGUCGAUACACGUAUGUGGCCACUUAAUUCACCAUUACGUCAAUUUAGUAAGUGCCCUCCUGAAGUGGUUCAAAGGAUGGAGGCCUCUAGUGUUCAUUGGAAAGAUUACUUAUCAUUGAGCUCACCUUCAGAGGUAGGCCAAGCCAUCCGCUCCGAAAAGCAUGGUAAACAGGUAUAUGACUUUCUUCAACGAUUUCCUAAAUUGAAUAUAAAAUGCACAUUACAACCAAUUACAUGUAGUCUAAUCAAAUUUGAUUUAGAAAUUAUGCCUAAUUGGCUAUGGGAUAAAAAAGUACAUGGAGCUAUGGAACAGUUUACGAUUAUUUUAGAAGAUGACAGUGGUGAUACUAUUCUUUACUCCACAACUGUGUUCAUUAGAGAAGAAUUAAUGGAUCUUGAGCAUAACAUUGAUUUCACAAUUCAACUUCCUACAGCAUUUCAAAAGAAGUUACCUCCUAAUUUUUUUAUCUCAGUUAUAUCUGAAAAAUGGUGGCAAUGCUCUUAUCAGGUCCCAAUUAUGCUCAAAAAUUUUAAACUUCCAAAAAAGUUUGCAGCUCCAAGACAAUUGACUGCGACUGAGCAAAUUACAACUUCUUUAAUUAAUGAUGUUUCAAAAUCACCUAUAUAUGAGUUUACUCAGUUCAAUAGGAUUGUAAGUGAAGUAUAUCAUUCUUUGUAUAUGACCAAUGAGAGCACUAUAGUAUGUUCCUCUAAGGGAACAGGUAAGCAAAUUAUGGCAGAAUUAGCUCUUUUGAACCAUUGGCGUCAAAAUAAGGGUCGAGCAAUUUUUAUUUCACCUUAUAUUGAUAAAAUCGAAUUUCUAUUAAAAAGUUGGACGAAAAAAUUUUCACUGCUGGCUGGUGGUAAAGUCAUUAAUAAAUUAGGUUCUAAUCAAACAAAAAACUUAAGACUGCUCGCUGAGAGCCAUUUGUUAUUUGCUACACCGGAGCAAUUUGAUAUCAUCUCACGUCGUUGGAGACAGAGAAAAAACAUCCAAAGAAUCGAACUUUUAUUAUAUGACGAUAUUCAAGAAAUUGGAAAUGGAUAUUAUGGCGCAAUAUAUGAAUGUAUUAUUUCAAGAAUGUUGUUCAUUGCAACCCAACUAGAAAAGCAUAUUCGUUUUGUUUGCUUAGGCUCAUGCUUAGCUAAUGCAAUGGAUAUAGGACAGUGGCUAGAUAUUAAGAAGGACAAUGUUUACAAUUUUUCUCCGCAAAUGCGUGAUAGCCCUAUAGAUAUUCAUCUACAAUCAUUUGAAUUAAAUAAUAUUCAGUUUUCACCAAUCAUGUUAGAAAAAGCUUUUAUUACAGCUCAAAAAUAUUGCGAAGAAAAUAAUAUAUGCUCUGCAAUUUACCUCUCUACAAAAAGAGUAUGCAUCUCUAUUUUACCUGACAUUGUUAAGUUUGCUCAAAGCAGCAAUUGGGACCUAGUUAAAGCAGAUGAGGAUGAUAUUGCUGAAUAUUGCUUAAAAAUAAAGGAUCCUCAAUUGAUUUCUUCGAUCAAAAACGGUAUUGGCUUACUAUACUCAGGUAUGAAUAAACAAGAUCAAGAAAUUGUUGAAGAAUUAUAUUCAUAUGGUGCCCUCUCACUUCUCUUAAUUUCCAAAAAUUUUUCCCACUCAACUCCUCCAUUAAAAUCAAUUAUUAUCUUAGGCACAUCAUACUAUAGUGCUCUCGAACAUAGAUAUUUAAAUUAUUCUGUUUCUGAGAUAUUGGAUAUGAUCGGGUCAUGCUCAGACAAUAGUGUGAUGAAUAAAGCUUUAAUAUUGACAGAUAACAAUAUGAAACUGCUGUACAAAAAAUUUAUCUCAGACGCAGUGCCAAUAGAAAGUUACCUACAAUUUAAUUAUCAUAAUCAGUUGAUUAACGAUAUAAGUAAUUCAAUAGUUCGGUCAAAACAAGAUUGUGUGGAUUUACUUACAUUCUCAUUUUUUUAUCGCCGUAUCCAUGCUAACCCAAGCUAUUAUGGUUUUUCUGAUACCUCUCAAUUAGGAAUCUCAGCAUUUUUGACAGAAUUAGUGAUAGGUUCCUUGACAGAUCUUCAAAAUUGCUCUUUUAUUGAACUAAUUAAUGAAGAGCCUGUAAAUACAGACUCAGAAAGUAUAAUCCCAUUAAAUGGCUGCCUGAUCUCGUGUCAUUACAACGUUAAUUUUAUAAGUAUGGAAUUAUUCAUUAAUUCGUUGAAACCAAGCUCUACCUUGUCUCAAAUUUUGGAAAUUCUGUCCAGAGCAUCAGAAUUUGAAGAUAUGAAUGUGGAUGAAUUCGAUCUUUCUUUUCUAAAAAAGUUAUCCCGUAAAGUGCCGCUAUCAUUUUCUAGGUCACCUAACCAAGAUCCUGUUGCUUUUAAAGUUUUUAUUCUAUUGCAAGCAUAUUUUUCGGGCAUUGGCUUAUCGAAAGAGUACAAAACUGAUCUGAAGGCUAUAUUAAAAAAAUGCAUUCCUUUAAUUAAUGCUAUAAUAGAUAUUUUAUCUGGCGAUGGGUAUUUAAACUCAAUGACAGCAAUGGAACUAUCCCAGAUGCUUGUUCAAGGUGUAUGGGAUACAGAUUCUCCUUUGAAACAGAUUCCCCAUUUCAAUUCAGAGAUCCUUCAAAAAUGUAAUCAGAAAAAUGUUGAAACAGUAUAUGAUAUUAUGGCUUUAGAGGAUGAUGAAAGAGAAAGUAUUAUUACUUUAGAUACGAACAAACUAAUUGAGACCGCAAAUUUUAUUAAUAAUUACCCAAAUAUUGAAUUAGCUUAUUCAAUUAUUGGAAACUCUGAAAUAAAAAUAGGUGAAUUAAAGCAAAUUGAAGUUACGGUGAACAGAGAUGAAGAACCUGACACUUUGCAAGCAAAUACUAACAAAUUAAUAGAAGAAAAAAAUGAAACCUGGUGGCUAAUAUUAGGUGAGAUGGAAUCUAAAGAUCUGUACGCAAUCAAGAAGAUAUCACUGUCUGAAGAGACUCAAAAAUAUACUUUAGAAUUUUCAAUUGCAGAAGAAGGUGAACAUUCUUUAACUUUAUGGUGUGUGUGUGACUCUUAUUUAGAUGCCGAUAAAGAAGUGUCUGCCAGUGUUACGGUUUAUGCUUGA